ACCCAGCUUCGCGAUGCAGGUCGCCUGCUUGCCGUGCUUGCUUGCAUCCCGGCGGGCUUUAAGAACGGUCGCCUACGCCAGGGCAGCCCUGAUCCGCGCUUUCUGACUGCCAAUACUUCUUUUGGCUGUCUUUCCUUCCUUUUUCGCCAUUCUGAUCUCUUCCCGACACCUCAGGAGGGGCACCGACACACAUCACGCACGAAGUGUCGCGCUUGUCGCGGCCCAUCACCCUGGCCUGAGUAUUAGCAGAGAAGGAUAAGAUAGGAUGAGCGCUAGGCGCCCGAACGGGGUGUUCCUCGUCGGCAGCUUCAUCAGUGCCGACUUCGGUCUUGCGGAACGACAUAAGAGGCGUGUCGGGAGGCAACACAUCUUCUUGGCAUGGAAACUUCUUGUCGGGCUCUCCUGAUAGGCGACGCCGCGGUCCAACCUGCCGCAUGAUAACUCAAGUGGGGCUUUCCCCGUCCUCAGGAACUCAAUCAACGCGAUGUCGGACCAAGGGUCCGCACUACCCUUCGCGGCGGCUGGUAUCAAGGCCACUUCGUCCACAUGGCUGACGUCUCUUCUUCCAUGGACCGCCGGCCCGUUGUCUGGGGUAAUGCAAGGGUCAGUACCUCGCUCCAUCACUAUCGCAUUCCGCCUGGCCUGGUCCGCCUGAACUUCUGGACGUAAACCGCCAGGGCCACGGUCGCGGGCUGCACCUGGAGGGAGGCUACUGGGAGCGGAGGCCGGCGCACCGUCUACUGGUGAUCGAUCGAUGCAUUUGCAUUCACACUAGCUUUCAUUUCUCUGAUCGAUGCGAGAUGCAAGGGAUGCGGCAGCUGGCGCAGCGGCAGCAGCCAUCGCAGCGGGCAGGGGGCCGUGGCGGGGCCGGCGCUCAUGGCGACGGUCUUCAUGGUGGCCGUCUGCAGUUGCCCUGUCGUAGCGGGGAGCCUCAAACUUCGAGCAACGCUCGAUAUUGGUGCCAGUGGUGGGCAGGCGCUCUUGCCAUGUGACAUGGUCUUGGUCAUACUCACCAGGGGCCGUAUACCGCAUGAGGCCAACACCGGCCUCCCCUACGUAGAUUGCGUUGGUUAUUGCAUCAUCCAAAUUAGCGGGCCGCAUGAGGUAAACCUGCUGAUAGAUAUCGGGAUGUAGGCCACGAAGGAAGUUGUACAUGUAAGUGGGGUUGCAGGCCGGGUUGAUGUUAAGCUGGGCCACCAGACUGCGGUAGCGGUCGGCAUACCGGCGGACACUUUCAUUCCGACCCUUUCGACAGUUGGAUGGCGAUUGAAUAAUUCUCCCAGGCGGGGCGCAAAGCGCUCAAGGAACAUGGCACGGAACUCGGGCCAAUCCCGCAUGUCUAGCAUGUCACCAUCAAUGCCUGAUUCCCAGGUCGGCGCAUCGCCUGACAGGCGGCAGCGUGCGACAAGCAACUUGUCGACCUUGGACCAUUGGAAUACACGAGCGUGACGCUCAAUCUUAUCAAGCCAUUGGCGGGGAUCGUCCUGCCGGGGGUCGAAGAUAGGGAUAGAGUUCACGCUAGACGGGGUGACACCGAAGUGCUCGUCGGCCAUGUUGACGGAAGCAGGGUAGAGGUGGAAGUAGACACGGCGCGAGAUUGCGGUUGCGGCGUAGAGUCUCACACGGCGUAGUGCACCGGAUGGUGUUCGAGGUGGCUCGUAGAUAAACCAGGGAGGCGGAGGCGCAGUUUGGGAAGUAAUCAACCAGGAGGUAGAUGGAGAACGACGGGAAAUACCAAUUAGAAGAUGGCAGGGCCCAGAUGGCCGGUUUUGUGAGAGGCACAGGCGUGUGCGUCACGGAGUGCGGGGCCGGAGCAAGAGACCUGCACAGUGAGUUUUAGGCUGAGAUAGAACCCGACCGGAGAGACAAUAGACAUGGAGGAGAAAGAAACCAAGGGAGAGGAUAGAGAAGGAGCAGGGAGGCACCAACCGAAGGUCGGAGCGGGGCUUAGAUAGCCGUUUUUGUGAGAGGCACAGGCGUGUGCGUCACGGAGUGCGGGACCGGAGCAAGAGACCUGCACAGUGAGCUUUAGGUUGAGAUAGAACCCAACCGGAGAGACGAUAGAGGUGGGGGAGAAAGAAACCAAGGGAGAGGAUAGAGAAGGAGCAGGGAGGCACCAACCGAAGGUCGGGGCGGGGCUUAGAUAGCUGUUUUUGUGAGAGGCACAGGCGUGUGCGUCACGGAGUGCGGGGCCGGAUGAUAGGCCUGCACAAGAAGCUGAGAACGAGACCGGGUUUCCCCGCGUCUCGAUACCACAAAACCCAACACACACACAAGGUGUACACACACAAAAAUUAAAACUUUUGGUGCGGUGUGUAUGGAGGGGCCAAGGACCUUAUAAACCGCCUGUCACGCGUGUGGGGACGGAGUGACAAGCCUGCGCAGCACUGCUUCCACUGCAACGGUCUCGUUCUGUGUUUGCUCCGGUGUUAUAAGACUGUAUUGAUGAGGCCAAGACAGACCAGAGAGUUACCGAGAUAAGGAGGAGAAAUCGAGACUAAUCGAGAUGCGGAAGCGUAGCGGAAUGUUACUGGGAAGU